AACGGCAAAAUUCGCCUCGAAAUUAAUCAUUUUACCUUUUCUUUCUCCCAUUGUACACCAUUCGAUUCGCUUCCUCCCGGUACUAUCGUUUCCUCAAUUCUGAAGUUUGCAAAUCACCACCUCCUUGAGGGGUCCCACUCCUGACUCCGGCUAUCUUCGCCGGCGAUCAUACCAGAUCGACCUUUCUGUUGAGAAAUUGCAAGCAUGAGUGAAGUAUUUGAAGGAUACGAGCGUCAAUACUGCGAGCUCUCCGCAAAUCUUUCCAGGAAGUGUACCGCAGCCGGUGCUCUUGAUGGAGAGCAAAAGAAGCAAAAGCUUUCUGAAGUUAAAACUGGGCUGGAGGAUGCGGAAUCUUUGAUUCGUAAAAUGGACCUUGAAGCAAGAAGUUUACAGCCAAAUGUUAAGGCUGUCCUUCUGGCUAAGUUGAGGGAAUAUAAGUCAGAUCUGAACAAUUUGAAAAGUGAAGUUAAAAGAAUCGCAUCUGGUAACUUAAAUCCAGCUGCCCGAGAUCAGCUGUUGGAAUCAGGAAUGGCAGAUGCAUUGAUGGCAUCAGCUGAUCAAAGAUCAAGAUUAAUGAUGUCUACAGACAGAUUAAAUCAGUCCAGUGACAGAAUUAAGGAAAGUAGAAGAACCAUGCUGGAAACUGAAGAGCUUGGUGUUUCAAUUCUUCAAGAUUUGCAUCAACAGCGACAGUCUUUAUUGCAUGCCCAUAACACGCUUCAUGGAGUGGAUGACAACAUUGGGAAGAGCAAGAAAGUAUUGAUUGCCAUGACAAGGAGGAUGAACAGGAACAAAUGGAUUAUUGGUGCUGUUAUUGCAGUCCUUAUUGUUGCUAUCGUCUUGAUCUUGUAUUUCAAACUCAAAUAAGCCAAGAACCUUCUUCUUGUACGUGCUAAGUGUUUUACGGGAACAUGACUUCUUAUUCUUAUUCUUAUUAUUAUUUCUGUUUCCCGUGGUUAAUUGUGUGAGUUUGCCAUCGAGUUCUGACAUAAAGAUAUUUGCUUUUAUCUACUGACAAUGUACUUUUCAUCCAUUGUUAUCCUAUGGAAUGGUUUUUGGGAUAAACAUUAAAUAUAUAUGGUCUUUAAUCUCCA